UAUAUACUUGCAUAAAUCUUUUUUUUUUUAGAAAAUACUAAGCUUAAAUAAAAUGAAAUAAUGGAAUCUAAUGCCAAUCCAAAUGAUCAACAACGAAUUCCGCUAAGCCAAGAAGAGCUAAAAGUUUUAAAAGAAUGUCGAUUCAACAGCAUUUUUUAUCGAGGUUUACCUACUGCUUCUAUUUCAAUUCUGUUAAUCAAAGCUGCAGAAAAUUAUGGUUUGUUAAGGAAGAGAUCUUUGCUAUUUUAUGCAGGAAUAUUUAGUGCUGGAUUUUUUUUUGGUGUUGGCUCUUAUCGCAAUCAAUGUAUAGAGAAGAUUUUGGCUUUAGAAAAUUCGGUACUGGCUGAUCAAUAUCGGAACUUUUCAAGAAGGCAUGGAUUGCCUGUUAAAGAAAAGGUAACAGAGUUUACUGCAGAUUCAGGAUUACAUUCUCAAAUAGUGCCAUCUUCAACUGAAGAUAAUAUUUAUCAAAAAAAAUCAUUGGAAAGAAAAAAUCGCUGGGAAGAAAUUAGAGAAGCUUCAAAGCAGAGAUCAAGAGGAGGCACAUCUUAUGAUGACUUAAAAAAAAAUUCAACGGAACCAUCUGAAUCUUCUAAUGAUGACUUUGCAUAUAACGAGACAUCAGAUGAACGCAAUAAAAUACAAUCUGCAAAUAGAUUUCCUGGAAAAAAUAGUUUCCAAGCUUCAAAAAGAACGAACUCAUAUGGUGACGAUAUGGAAUGAAACAUGACGAUUAAUGAACAUGGAAAUCAUAUUAAAAAACAAUAAAAAACUUAUUUUUAUUAAUUUUUUUUGGAGUAAACAAAUAAAAACA